AUGAAAAAGUUCACGGCGCAGGUCAUUGGAAAAUUUCUUUUGUCAGACAUAUUCCAUGUCUAUGGAGUACCCGAAGUUAUCGUUAGCGAUAAUGGUUCGCAGUUUAGGUCAAAUGACUUUAAUGCAUUUUUGACUAAAUUGGGCAUUCAGCAUACCUACACGGCUCUUUAUUCCCCUCAGGCCAAUGCAUCUGAACGGGUGAAUAGGUCUAUGAUUGCAGGAAUCAGAGCAUUUUUGAAGAAGGAUCAUAAAAUGUGGGAUGAACACCUUAGUUCCAUAAGUUGUGCUUUACGCAACUCUGUUCAUCACACCAUCAAAUGCUCUCCUUAUUUUGCCACCUUUGGCUUCGAUAUGGUGACCCAUGGCGAUUCUUAUCGAUUACUGCGUAAUGUCCAUAUGUUAGAUGAAUCUCAUUCUACAUUGAAGAGGGAAGAUCAGCUGGCUUUGCUGAGGAAAGACUUGCGAGAGAAUAUUGCGAAGGCUCAUGCCACUAAUCGAGAUCGGUACAACUUGAGAACUCGUCCUGUUUCCUAUUCUGUAGGGCAAACCGUUUUCCGCAGGAACUUUUCACAGAGCAGUGCAGAGAAGCAGUACAGUGCGAAGUUCGCACCGGUAUUUGUAAAGGCGGUAGUGAAAUCCAAACUUGGGACUAAUUACUAUGUGUUACAAGAUGUAGAUGUGGCAACAGCAGUAGUGACGACGACAACAUUACCACCAAAUCUGGUUGGUUUGCGUAAAAAAUAA